UAACUCCAAAAAAAGAAAAUCCGAACUUUGCGAAUCAGAGAUCGUUCGCACUUUUUUGGUAGCAUUACAUCUCUUCCUCGUCGUCAUCGUCGUUUCUACUCUUUUUUCUCUUCUUCUUCUUGGAUUAGGUUUAGGGUUUCUGCAACUAUGAGCACGGAACCAAAUCCGUGAGAAAUCAUCCAGUACGGUCAUCAUCCAGAUCAUGGCAUCACCAUCGUCGUCGUCGUCGUCGGCGUUCUUCGUGAUCUGCGUUCUCCACGGUCUGAUCGCCAUAAGCUGCGGCGGCCUGAUGAUGUUCUACAUGAAGGAGAUCUACGCGUUCGGGCACGGCAGCGAGACGGCGGUCCGGCUGCUGGGGUCCACACCUCACGACCAGCUCCUGAUUCGGACCUCCGAUUCGUUCUCGGGGCUGCUCCUGAUCGCGAUCGGGUUCCUCCUCGUGAUGGUGUCGGUCGUGAGGGACAGGGAAUUCCAGAACUUCUUCGCCAAGGGCUGUACGGUCCUCCACGUUUUCAUGGCGCUCUGGAGGAUUUACUUCGAGCGCAGAGUCGAGGACCUUGCCUGGGAUUGGAUCAGGCAGAGCGUCGGCGACGUUCUUUUGGCUCUCUCUUGGGUCUUCUUUGUUGUCUAUUCCUGGAGAGAAAAGUACGAUUAAUUCUUGAAUUUCCCCUUUUUGCAUUUUUCCCCCCCUUUUUUUUUUGUUUUAAGUAAUUUCUGUUAAUGUUUGAGGAUUGUGGUGUUUAUUUUCGAGGAUGUUGGAUGAUUAUUCUGGGUGUUGUGCAAAUUGGGGUUGGAAUUCGAUUAACAUGCCAAAAUGGGUUGGAAUUAGUUUAAGUGUUCGUUUAUAUGCUGCUUAAAAAGAAAAAUUUAAUGUACAAAGCUAUGUUUAUGAAUAUAGUCCUUGUAUAUAUAUAAGCUCUAUGUAUGUAUUCUUGGCUUGCUUCAUGGAAGAACAAUGGAGCUUGCUAAUACAGGAAUGGGUUAAGGAUGGACUAAAACAUGAAUUUAGUGGCA